GUAAACUACAGACUUCUCCGAUUGAAAAAAAGAAAUAAUAAAUAGCAGCUCCAACCUAAUUGGCUUCUCAAUCCCCCUCACACCUUUGCCCUAGAUUUACCGCCGCCAAGGGUGCCUCCACACCAACCUGCUGGUGCCGCUGCCUGCCGCCGGCCGGACACUUGCCGGAGCAACGCCGCUGGCUGGAGCCUCGCCGGAGCGCGACGCUGCGCUAGCCCGACGUCCACCCCGUGCUAGAGGUACUAACUAAGCGACAUGCAUGGGAAGCGGGCGUAGACAACACAUCACUCGAUCGCAUCACAUCACAUUUCCAUAUACUGCCUAGAAAUACAUAUAUAUAAAGUAGUCAUAAAUCAAUAGUUGUGUAUUUGAUACUCCCUGUUUGAGUUUCCUAAGACCAUCUGUUGUGAACCUUUGGUUGUCUUGAUCUAGUACUACUUAUAACUAUUUCUUGAAUUGUGAGCUAUAGACAUGUCGAUGGUCAAAUAUUUCUAGAUUGUUUGUUGUGGAUCUUCUUAUAAAUAAAGGAGGUGCUGCCCAAUUUUAGCAUUCUUCCCAUACAUCAGUUAAUUAGAUAGGGUGGUUGCAUCGCCAUGUAUGGUAAAAACAUGGGAUGUUACAGUUGGUAUCAGAGCCUAGGCUUUAGAUCUCUGGAUGGAAUAGACUCAAAAAAAAAAAAACUUUAUAUCAAAAUUUUAAAUUUCUCUUGGUUGCCUAAGCCAUUAAAACUUGAUUUAGUUAACUAUUUAAAAUUUGACACACAACACAGUAGGAUCGGGUACAUGGGACAUGCAUCUCAUUUAUGUUUCCGCUGAUUUGAUUUUCUCAUCUGAUAUUUUCUUAUCCUUCUGAGUAAGGAUGCGUAUGCUUGAUGUGAUUUUGUUGUUGUUGUUGUUGUUCAAUAUUGAUAUUGUGUUGUAUAGUAUGCCGCCGAGAGCUGCUAGAGGUCGGGCUCGUGGUCGUACUCGUGCUAGGCGCGGACGUAGUGGCCGUGGGGAGCAAUCGGAUGUAGAAGUUGAGCAAAGCCAUGAUGGGGAAUCACAUCAUAGUCAAUCUACCAAUGGCGAUGGAGAUAAUGAUCAGGGGAUGAAGCUAAAGGAUUGGUUAUCCCUGAAUGCUGGCGACUUCCACGGGAAUGGGACACCAAUGGAGGCAGCAUCUUGGAUGAAUACCAUGGAGAAGUAUAUGGAGGCUUUAGAGUUAUCAUCCCGCAAGAGAGUUCUUUUCGUGGCCUUCCAACUUAAAGGCCUGGCUGAUGCAUGGUGGAGAGGAGUCCGUGCAGCUCAUGUUCCCCUUCACGGGCAGCCUACCUGGGAGUUCUUUGUGGAGCAGUUCACCAGUAGGUAUUACCCAGAAUCAUUCAAGGAGGAAAUGUUCAUUGCACUAACCAAGAUCGAACAAGGAGAUAAGAGUGUGGAUGAGUAUGAGGCCGAUUUUAGUAAGAUGGUGCUCUUUGUGGAUAGAGUGAAUGGGAAUGAGGUACACAAGGCUCAAGCAUUCUUUAGAGGCCUCCAAUCAAGAUAUAGGGAAGUGAUGGGAGCAAAGCCGCAAACUAGCUACUCUGAGGUGAUUGAGCAAGCAAGAAGGAUGGAGUUGGAGUUUCGAGUCACCGCAUCCCGUAAGGGUGGCGAUGGCGAUCACAAGAGGAGUCACCAAGGUGGCAGUGGGCCAACGCAGCAAUCUGAUUCCAAGAAGUCAAAGCAAGAUCAACAACUCCAUUCAACAUCUAAGCACACGUCUCAAUUUUCUGCAACGCCGCGUCACACAAGGAGCCAAUUCAUGAGCCCCGUUCCAGGGCAGGGGCUAAUAUGCUACAAGUGUGGGCAAAACCACCGUGCCUCAGAGUGUGAAUUUUCUGGUUCUUGUAGCCAGUGUGGCAAGUUUGGUCACAUGAGCAAUGUUUGCAAGGAAAACCCAAAUUCUAUCAUUAAGUGGCAGCUUGCCGUCACUUCUUCUGAAGGAUCCAAAACAAGUGGUUCCUCUCAUCCUGCAAAUUCGGGAGUUGUCUAUUCUCAUGGGUCAGUCAACAUGAUGUCAGUUCCGCCUCACAUCCCACCUCCGCCAACAGGUUAUUAUUGGCAGGCAACUCCACUUCCAGCUCCAUAUGCUCCACUUUCACUACCCGCUCCAACCAUCAUACCUCCACAGCAACAUGUUGGGGAUUCUUCUACUUUGAUAAGGGCAGGGAUCCACACCAUGCCGCCAACUUCUUCUCAUGGGAUUUCAGAUGGGGUCACAGGUCCGAGGUUUUUUGGUGUCGAUAGUAAUUCUACCGCUGAACGCCGUGUUUAAGGUACUAACUAAGCGACAUGCAUGGGAAGCGGGCGUAGACAACACAUCACUCGAUCGCAUCACAUCACAUUUCCAUAUACUGCCUAGAAAUACAUAUAUAUAAAGUAGUCAUAAAUCAAUAGUUGUGUAUUUGAUACUCCCUGUUUGAGUUUCCUAAGACCAUCUGUUGUGAACCUUUGGUUGUCUUGAUCUAGUACUACUUAUAACUAUUUCUUGAAUUGUGAGCUAUAGACAUGUCGAUGGUCAAAUAUUUCUAGAUUGUUUGUUGUGGAUCUUCUUAUAAAUAA